UUGUAAAAGUGUCUCUGUAGUGUUUGGAAGUUCAGCGAGAAGGAACAGCAGCUUCGCCGGAGGCUGGAAGUUCUUUCAAAGCGGUCGCAACGCUCCUUGGCAGUCCCUGGGCACCCAGGUGACCCUCGAGCGAGGCCAGGGUAUUCAAAAGUUGUUACGACGAAAAUUAUCAAGGCCAGUGGAUACGCUUUACACGCCCGACUCUCGCGAAGAUGAGUUCGGCAUCAACGGGCGGUACAGAGGGGUCCAGCCCAUCUUCUAGCCCUGCAUCAGCCACAAGUCUAACUAUGGCAGCUCCGAAAUAUGGUACAUUAGUACCUAACCGUAUAUUUGUUGGAGGAAUCUCAGCAAGUACUAGUGAAGCAGAACUUGCAGAACUUUUUUCUCAAUAUGGUACUGUGAAAGCUACAAAAAUAAUAGCUGAUCGUGCUGGAGUGUCCAAAGGUUACGGUUUUGUUACAUUUGAAACCGAAGAAGAAGCCAAGCGACUCCAACAAGAGCCUGAAAGUAUUAUCUUAAGAGAGAGAAAACUUAAUAUAGCUCCUGCAAUUAAGAAACAACCCUUCAACAGAUCAUUCGAUGGUGGUUCUGGCUCACCACCUUCUGUGCCUAGUAGUACUUAUUAUUAUGCAAAUGGUAUGGGUCUUACAUACCAGAAUGGUAUGACAUUCUACAACGCAGCAGCACCUGCACCAGGAACUCCUAUAGCACCACCAGCAGAUCCAGCAACAAUUUAUCAAGCUACAAGUGUUUUUGGUCCUCAAGCUACUACUGGUCAUCAAACUUUUGCGCCAGUUAUGUAUCCAUGUCCAGGACCAUCUCUAUACAUGCCUCAACAGUACCAAUAUACACCCAUGCCGUACGAACAAUAUUACGCAGGAGCAGCUGCUGCUGGAGCUUCACCAUACCCAUAUAUUACCAGCAAUUCGCAGAGUAACACAAACAAUGGUGGAAAUAAUAACAACAGUGGCAAUAAUGGUACUGGAGCAAAUAGUCCGGCAACAGGUCCACCGCCAACGCUCCCAUCUCUUCAUCCACCACCUCCUACACAUUUUUAUGCUCCUGCUGCACCACCACAUCAUCAUCCACCAAUGCCUGCAGGACCUCCUCCACCACAAGUGGAUCUUUACUAUUCUUUUGCUGCUGGGCCACCUCCACCACCUGCUCAUGCACCUAUUGGAUUGUCUGAUCAUCAACUAGUUAUUUACCCCUCUGAUACUUCGUGUCAACAAACUACUACAUCAGACAGUCAAACUGCUCCGCAAGAGGAUUCACGUUCGACAUCAAGCCACUCGGAGCAACCACAUGGUGAAUCACAAGCUGCUUCUUCAGGAUCAGCUACGCCUCUGGUAUCCCUAAUGCCAUUAAAAUUUCCUAUGUCCAAUCGUUACACAAAUUACCAUCCAAUCGCCAUACAUGCUACUAAUUUGCAUAACUCACAAACCUGUUUGAAUGAAGUAGACGAUUGCAGUGCUAAUCAAAUGCAAUGCAGAACUAUUGUUUAUCAUCCUCUUUUCAUUCCUCAUACAUAUCCACCACAAUUUCACAAUACUUCUGGUGGUGCCAGUCUCUUACCAACUCCUCCAUCAUCUUCACAACAAUUUGAGUCCAGCAACAAAACACAUCUCAAUUCCAGACAUUAUACAAAAUCGAGUAUAACAAUAACUCCAAGUAACUAUGUGAAAACUCAGAAUCACAUAACAGUAAUUAAUCCAAACACUUAUAGCAAAGUUCAAAGCAUAGGUAAUUCAAUAGAACACAAGUAUACUAAUGUAGAUGGAACUCAUAAGUAUGCAACAAUUGCUAUGACACCUUCUCGAUUACCAGUUCAAUAUAACAAACGAGCUACUGUUUCCAAUGUGGGCUCUCCGGCUUGUUAUUUAACACAAAAAUCUGGAAAUUACAAUUCGAGUCAAAAUUUAAGCAAGCCUGGCAAUUUUGGAUCCAAUGUUAAUUUUAAUAAUCAAACAUACAAUCCAUCUAGUAAUAGUUCACAGAAGAUUGGAAAUAUGAAUAUAAAUCAAAACUUUGAUUAUGUGAAUGGACGUAAGAAUACAAACUAUAAUGCAGAUCAAUAUUUUGACAACACAAUCGGAUAUAAAUCAACGAACUAUACCUCAGGUAGGAGGAAUGCAUCGAAUAAUUAUAGAACCACAGGUUCUGUAUCUGCUAACCAAUUUGACAAUUUGAAUAGUAGCAGUCAAAAUAAUGAAUCUUCUACUAUGAGUCAAAUAGAUAGUACCAACUCUUCACAGGGUUUGCAAACUACUGAUUCAACAAGUUCAGAUAAGCCGGCGAGUCCACCGCCAGCUCCAUAUUCCCCCAUGACUCGACCCCUCCCAACCUUAUCACCACCCACCCUUCAGGUCCAGUAUUAUCCAGCGGCUCAAAACCGUUACCAACCCUCCAUGCCAUCUCAACACCAACAACAGCAACAACAACAACAACAACAACAGCAACAGCAACAAUCUGGCCAACGCCGGUAUACAGUAGCUCCACCAUUGUCUUCAAAUAGGAAGUCAACUGAGAAAUAUUCAAGUGCUAAUACGCAAACAACUAUGUUGCGGCAAAGCAAGUAUAAAGUUAAUAGCAUAAUGCAAUCAGGUGGCAAAGUAUCUGAAGAUAGUUUAGGAGGUGCAGGUGAUGCUCCUCCUACUGUUAGUAGAAUGCCUAUUACACCACCAGGUACAUCCCAAACACAUCCAGCUCAUCCUGCAGGGGAUCAGAAUCAAUUGAGCGAUACAUGUCAUCAAAUACAAGCUCUGACCCUUUAAAAACUUACUUUCAUAUCUAUGUUUGCUUUCUUAUUCAUUUGAAAUCGUAUGAUCUGAAUGUCGGCCAAAAAAAUUUGCAUGAUACUGCAUGAAUAUGCACUGUUAUACAAUUUCUCUUGUGAUCUCAGUCCUAAAUCCAAAAAGUAGACAUUGAAACUGUAAAUUGAAUUCUUCAUAUAUAAAAUAAAAACUUUAUUAAAUUAUUAAGCAAGCGAGCCCGUGUGGAUAUGCAAUGUGUGCGUAAACAUUAAUAGAACGCAAAAAUGUAACACAAUACACAGGCGUACUACA